GGGCCAAAAGUGCAAAUGACCCAAAAAAUUGGGCAGUUCUUCAAGUCCCUGAACUUUGAACUGUUUGUUCUAUUCCUGUGGGCGCACCCACUAUACCAUUAUUCAGUUCAAAAUUCAGAAGAAUGAGGAAAGUGCCAGCCGUAUUGAGGCAAGCUCGUAAAGCUAUGUUGGGAGAUUUGGAUUUGCUCAAAGUAUUACAAUCUGAAAUCAACCAUGAACUCUUCCUUAAACCUUUUCAGGAGAAUGAUGAAAGUAAAAGCUUUGGAGAUUUUGUCGUAGACUGGGAUUCAACACAAUCCCAAGACAUUGUUCUACGCAGGAGAUGCGAGUCAGGGGAGGAAAUUGCUGUUUCUGCUUUACUGGGUGCUGAGGGCUCUAAUGAAAAUGUUAAAUUUCCCAGGGAAGCUUUUAUGAAAGUAGGCGUGAAGAAGCCUGGCUUGAGAUCCAUCCUACAGUUUGAUUGUGCGGCAACUGCACAAAUUGGUGAUGGCUGUAGCUUUAAAAUUCAUAAUGUGAACUACAUUCCAUCGUGUGACCUGGAUUCUUUAGCCCGCAAAGGUCCCUCAGUCAGUUUUUUCAGUGCAUUAGAUCAGACUCUUCAAGAAGAGCUCUACAAAUAUCUAGAAGCAAGAGGAGUUGGUCUGAGUUUCGCAGAUUCGCUCUUACUCCACCUACACAAAAAGGAGCAAGGUCAAUAUGUCGACUGGUUGCACAAAUUGCAAGCUAUUGUAACACCAAGUGAAUGACGUGGAAAACGCUCCAUGCAGGAUAUAGAUAUUUGACUUGAUUCAAUUCAUGACAUUAUGGCACUGACUGCUGGAGGGAAAAACAUCUAUUGAGCCUUCUCAAAUCUAUCUCUAUCAGCAAAAUAUCUAUCACCAUAUCAACAAGCUAUCUAUCAUCAACACCAAAUCUCUAUCAGUACAAGCUAUAAUCUCUAUAUAUCAAAAAUAAAAAUAAAUUUAUCUGUAUCUCAGACCGUUGCUGCAAUUUUCAGCAAUGUCAGACGAUAAAUGUGAAAAGAUCAAAUCUCUGAAACCAUAAAUGCUAAGAGAAGAGCUAGGGAACGGGAGUUAUAUAAGCUAAUGCCACCUGAAAAAAAGGAAGCAUGUUUAGCCCGACGACGAGAGUUAUAUAAGCUAAUGGCGCCCAAAAAAUAAGGAGGCAUGUUUAGCUCGACGACGGGAGUUAUAUAAGCUAAUGACACCUGAAAAAAAAGGAGGCAUGUUUAGCUCGGCAACGAGCAAACAAAGCUGAAAUGAAAAAGCAAUGUCUGCAUGACAAUUCAGUUCUAUCUAAUUCAGUUAAUCCAUCAUCCUUUGAAGUUAGCACUUCUUUCGCAGAGCAGGCUUCGUCUGUUGUAAGACGGUCACUGCUUCUUGGUGAAACAGGAUCGUCGUCAGGCACAAAGCCUACACAUCAUGGUAAAAAGUCAGUGAUGACUACAAAUCAAGAAAGAGAUUUCAUACAAGUUGGUACCUUAAGUAGUGCAGAAGCAAAAAGCAGCUAUAUUAGCUUGAAAGAUGUUCCGAAUUGUGAAUUUUGUGGAGCCAAAAAGUUUGAAUAUGAACCGCUUGCAUUUUGUUGUAGUAAUGGUUCGAUUCACUUAAUUUCAUAUCAAAUGCCACAAGAGUUAAGAAAUUUGUAUUUGGGAAACACUGAGGAAUCAAAGCAAUUUCGAACUUACAUUAGAACAUACAAUAACACAUUCGCUUUCACAUCACUCGGAGUAACUUAUGAUAAAAAUUUAGCAAAACGAAGUAAUGGAGUUUAUACCUUCAAAGUCCAAGGACAAAUGUACCAUUUUAUAAAUGAUUUGGUUCCAACUAAUCAAAGGGCUAAGAACUUACAAUUGUAUUUCUUUGACAGUGAAAACAAACUGCAAAAUUGAAUGGCAUGCUCAAACAAGCUUAAUGAAAAGCUAUAGUUAAGACUAGUGUCAUUUGGCCCAUGCUAAACACUGGCCUAAACUGACGUUAAAAAUUUAAUUUGUAGAUAUUAAAUUUUUUAUGCUCUUUCUUCUUUGUUUUUGUGACAUCAAUUUGACAUUUUCCAAACAAUUCUAAAAUAUUAAAGUACAAAAACAUAUCUAAAGUUAAAGGAAAACAUUUUUCUGAGUUUAUAUAUUAGAAUUUUUUUAUUUUACUGAAAUUCUUUGAGAUUAAAGUCCUCGAUGAUCCAAUAAGCUUUUCAUAUGUUAAAUUAAUCUCAUUUGUUUCUUUGAAUUGAACCCCCGUUGGCUAACAUAUUUGUAACCAAAACAUAUUACAUCAUUCAAUUAACGCCAAAAAUAUUUAAUGUGAAAAUAUUGUUGUACGACGAAAUCAAUAAAGUUAACUUAUAAAUACAUAUAAAGAAUUAAAAGCCUUGAUAUUACAACAUAUUUUUGUAGGUGCUCUUUCAAAUUAAACCACACAAAAAAGUACUGAAAAGUAAUAGAAAUUAAAUUAUUCUUACUUUAAGCUUUGUUUUUCCUUCCAAAAGAUGCACGUUAAAAAACAAUAUUUUUUUCCUUAUUGUUAA